AUGAAUUUAACUCAUCAACAACAACAAAUGCGUCAUCAUCAUCAUUAUCCUCAACAAAUACCAUCAGCAAGUCGAACAACAGCAUUUGCUAUUCAAGAAAUUCUUGGUCUUACAUCAACAGAUCUUGCAGCAGCUCGUGCUUAUGCUGAUCAUCAAGCAUAUACAGCUUAUUUAUCUCGAUCAAGUUUAUUUUCAUCUCCAUAUCAUUCACAUCCACAUUCUCAACAUCAUCCAACAGGAUCAUUUAUAAAUGGAGAUGUUCCACAUCCACAUACAAAUUUUCUUCAACAAUUUUCUCCAACAAAUUCGCAUAAUACAAAUACAACAUUAGAUUCAUUACAAGAUAAUUUAGAUCGAGAUAUUCUUAUUGGUAGUACUACUGGAAGUGGAAGUGAUGGUUGUGGUAGUAAUGAAAAAUUAAAUACAAAUGGUACAAAUAGUAGUAAUAGUAAUGGUACGGGUAAAAAGAAAAAAUGUAAACGAAGACAUCGGACUAUAUUUACUAGUCAUCAAGUAGAAGAAUUAGAAAAAGCAUUUAAAGAUGCUCAUUAUCCUGAUGUAUCAGCACGCGAAUUACUUGCAGUUAAAACUGAUCUUCCUGAAGAUCGAAUUCAGGUUUGGUUUCAAAAUCGUCGAGCUAAAUGGCGUAAAACAGAAAAAACUUGGGGUAAAGCGACAGUCAUGGCUGAAUAUGGUUUGUAUGGAGCUAUGGUUCGUCAUUCACUUCCAUUACCUGAAACAAUUGUUAAAUCAGCUAAAGAUGGUAUUGAUUCAUCAUGUGCUCCAUGGCUUCUUGGUAUGCAUAGAAAAUCUUUGGAAGCAGCUGAACAAUUAAAAAAAAUGGUUAAAGAUGAUGGUGAAGAAGAUGGAGAAGGUACAAAUGAAAAUGAUGAUGACGAUGAUGAUGAUGAUGAUGAUGAUUGUAGUAGUACACAUUCAAGAAAAUCACCAAGAUCAUUAUCUGGAUCGACACAUAUUGAUAUAACUGAAGCAAUGAGAAGUGAAAGUAUUGCUGCACUUCGUGCUAAAGCUCAAGAGCAUAGUGCACGAACAACGGCAAGCAAUUGUAAACAAUAA